AUGCAUACAAUUCUCUUCAUCGCCAGCUGCCUCGCAGCGUCGACUGUCUCCGCUGCCCCCGUCUUUAGCAACCUGUACGACUUCUCAGACGAUGUCGCCGAAUACCUCGGCCGCGUGAGCAGGCAUAUCUCGCGAGUUGAAGACGUCUUUGACAACUCGCUCUCCUGCGAUCCAUCCACAAUCACCCUCCCUUCCUUCGCAUCAGGCCUUCCAGCCCCCACAGACGGCCAUCGCCCACUGUAUGUGGCUCUCGGCCGCGGCACCCAGAACUACACCUGUGCAACCUCAACCUCAGACUCCGAACCCGUCGCCGUCGGCGCCGUCGCCCGCCUCUACAACGCCACCUGCUACGCCGCAAACUUCCCCGACAUGAUCGAGCUCCUCCCCGCAAUCGCCUACCGAAUGCGUCUCCCCAAUGUCGAAUCCGCCCCCAUGGCCCCCGCAAACAUCAACCUGAUCGGCCACCACUUCUUCGAGGGCAAAGUUCCCGUCUUCAACCUUGACACGACGCCGCAACGACAGCUCGGGAUCGCGAAAGUGAAGAAGGACGCGGAUCUCCCGGCUCCCGACACGGCGAUUCAGGGUGCGGAUGGCGCCGUUGCGUGGUUGUAUCUUAGUGCGACGAAUGGGACCAUUGGACGAUUUACGGGUGUUUAUCGUGUUGAUACCGCCGGUGGCAGUCCGCCUAAGACCUGUGAGGGGUUGAAGGAGCAGUUUACGGUUGAGUAUGCGGCGAAUUAUUAUAUUUAUGGGCAAUAG